AUGUCUUCAGGGAUCAAGCCUAACACUUGCACCGCAAACACUAUAAUACUUUCGCGACGUUUUCUUUGCGGAAAACCCACCAAACCAAAUACGAUGCACGCGAUUCAAACCGUAAAAAAUGUGAUAACACCGACAAACAC